AUGGAAUCCUCCAUCCGUGACGCAAAGUCGAGUGGCCCCCAGACAGUCCCGCCGCCUCAACCGAUCUUGCAGCAGGCAUCCCCAUCCGCCCCGAAGUCGUCGUCGAGGAAGACACGGCAGAAGAAACAGGCCGACUCACCAAAGUCAGCUUUUCGUCCCGCACCGCAGCCCUCCAGUUCUCGCCGCCGCCGGAGCAGCACAAGAGAUCGUUCUCAGCCUCUAUCCACCGCUCCGCGUCCGCAGGUAGACAACUUGCCGCAAUCUCCGCAAGACUUUCCUCGAUUGACAACCGCCCGUACCCCGACUCUCCAACCUUACCACGGUAUCUCGUACAUGAUGAAUCCCAAUUAUCCAAUAAACCCUUCCCCGUUUACCCAACACCACAACCCUCCUGCUUAUCCCGCUGCUGCAAAUAUGAAUGCCGCCAAUGGCUCGGGCAUACCCGGUCAUCCUCAUCAGUACUACCCAAUGCAUCCUGCACCUUACGGUCCACUCCCUCACGGAUACGCACCAUAUACUCAGUAUCCUCAACAGAUGGUGGCACCUACCGAACAGCAGCAGCCUCUUAACUCACCACCAGCUUCGACGUCCGCACCAUCUGUCUCCACUGGCAAACGGAAACGGAGGGCAGACGGAGUUCGCGACAGGGACCCUGCCGGCGAGAAGGAGUCCGACCAGGAAGCGACCUCCCAUAGCACUGCCACUCAGCGUGCCUGUGACAGUUGUCGCACCAGAAAGAUCAGAUGCGAUGUUUUGCCUGAUGCAGAUCCUCCACUCUGCCAACACUGCAAACAGUACGGUUUUGAGUGUACUUUUUUCCUUCCCAUCGCGGAAACUCGCUUCAAGAAGAAAAAACAGUCUGAAGAAGAAGUCGGUACUGAAAAGGAUAAGGAUAAGUCAUCCGAUACACGUCGCACCACUAUGUCACCCCAAGCAGACCCCAGUGACCGCCAGGUUUUCGGACCCACUAACGCAAUCCACUUGUUACACUCACAAGCUACCAUAUCGUCCCGCGUUUACGAGAGUUAUGAUCAACGUUAUCAUCACACUUGGGAAGUAUCGAAGAAUGGCGAUGGCCUUAUCUCGGUGCACAAUGCCCCCGCAGAUGACAAGCAAGCAUCGCACCCCAAACCUAUUGAUCUGCAUGUCGCACCUGAGGUCAUUCAGGACCUUGUUAAUGCAUAUUUCAAAGAAAUAGCACCCGUUUUGCCCAUUAUCACCCAAGCAGAAUUCCUCGCAAAUCCUUGCCCGCCACCUGUUCUAAUCUAUUCUAUGUGUCUCGUUGCGGCCGCCCGCAGAGAAGUUUUGCAAUCGGUCUUUGACUCAAUACGAUAUAUCGUGAAUAAUGUCAUCAAAACAGAGGAUGUAUUGUCGACAGCGUCGAUCGCAAAUGUACAAGCACUGUUAAUUCUGAGUAUGGUGGGUGACAGUCACUCACAAUACGUUCCCAAUGCUCUGUCAGCAUUGUGGAUCCGACUCGGUACCGCAAUUCGGAUGGCGCAAGAUCUGGGGCUCCAUCGUGCAGAAUCCGUAAAGCAAAAUAUCGAACUCCGAAGACGCUUAUGGGUUGCCUGUGUCAUAUGCGACAGAUGGACAAGCCUGACGUACGGUCAUCCCUAUAUGAUCGAUGUACAGGAUUGUGAUGCACGCCUUCCUUCUUCGGGCGAUCCGAAUGACUUGUAUAUGGAUGAAUUAGGUCGACUCAGCAUCAUCCUUGGUCGAGUAUUGAAGACGAUUUACAGCCCCUCUGGUCUGAUGUUUACAACUGACGAGAUGCUUUAUGAAUUACUGGCGGAUCUGGAGUCUUGGAAGGCCAAUCUUCCAGAAAGCCUCAAGUACCGAGGAGUUGACACUGCUUGGAAUGCAGGCCUCCUCCAUCUUUUGUACUCUUGCGUCUGUAUGAUUUUUUGGCGUGUAUUCAUGCGAAUAUCAUACACUUGCCCGGCGCACCUCAAGUUUGGCUUAACCAUGGAGACGUGGACUGCCCUCGUCAAACUAACAGGAGAAUCUAUUGAUUGGCUUGAUACCCAUGAACGUGUGUAUGACAUAUGGCUGCUUGUUGCAUAUGCUGCGACUUCAUGUGCACUCGUACAGUAUCAUACGUGGGCUCGACGGCAAGAUGCGGACGCUGCUAUCAAGCUUCGGAAGUUGCGUGAUUGCGUCCGUAGGUGGGAGAGUGCGAUAUCUCCCGAGCAUAUGUCUGCUGGACGGAAGACGGCCGAGAUUAUCUCACUACUUUAUGAGGCUACUCAAGGUCCACCCAUUCCUCUUGACGAGCCACCAUUGCUUAACCCGACGGGGGGUGUCAAAGGCCGACGACCGCUAGGUGGACUUGAAUACAAAAAGGACCCAUCCCGUCCUGGUGGCGGUGUUUUCGUCGCCCAUGGCGAGGCACGUAAAGCAGAUUAUGGCGUGCCCAAGGGUACGAUCAUUACUUCGUCUGAUGAGGAAUCCGAAGAACCGCCAGCAGCAGGAUCCUCAUCACUAGUAAACAUCAGGCCACUCACGUCGGGGACACUGAGGGAAGCUAACGUGAAUCCUGCGUUGAACCACAUGGCAAGCCAAACACCUGGAAAUGUACAGGUUUUGAACGCGUCGGGUAAGUUGGAACGAUUUGCGAUGGCUGAUGUGGGACUCUUGGAGGGCAUCCCGGGAGGAAUGUUCGACUGGGGCCAAUGGGGUUCGUUUUUUACUCGGCUCAACUCCACCAUGCCUGACGGGACGGCUGGCGGACAUCGAGGAGGGCAACAGCCAGGUGUGGCUGACACUUUAACCGCUGGGGCGUCAGAAUCUGAGCAGGUGUCCCAGCCAGAGAAAAGGGAUCAAGAGCAAUCAUAG